GUCUUAUCCUAACACAUGUACCGUAGUUAACACCGACCGGUGUGUGCUGUAUUGGGGGAGAAUUUUGAUGUUUUGAAGUCAUUUUGGUUCGCUGUUUGUUUCAAGUAUGUCUUCUACUGAAGUGGACACUCUCAUGGAAAUGGGAUUUCCAAGAAACAGGGCGGAGAAAGCUUUGGCUGUCACAAAUCACAAUGGAGUUCAAGUAGCUAUGGACUGGCUUUUCGCCCACAACGAAGAUCCUGACAUUGAUGAACCAUACCAGGCACCUAAAGGUCAUACACUUGGAGAUGUAGCAACAGCGCCCUCAACAGAGGAAGCUUCGGAAGAAGCACAAGCGACUGAAGAUGGUAGUACAAUAAGUCAACCUAAAUCAUUGAAAUGUGAAGAUUGUGGAAAACUUUUAAAAGCUGAGCUUGAUGUUCAGGCUCAUGCUGCAAGGACCGGGCAUCAGAACUUUUCUGAAUCAACGGAAGAAAUUAAACCUUUGACAGAAGAGGAAAAAAGAGCACAGAAAAUAAGAGUUGAAGAAUUAAUGAAACAAAGAAGAGCUGAAAAAGCAGAACAACAAAGAAAGGAGAUGGUAGAGAAAGAAAAAAAACGUAGAGAACAAGGCAAAUCAAUCAGUUCAAUGAAAGAUAA